CUCUCUUCCUACGCCUGUCAGCGAACAGCUGGACUUCUCUGGUUACAUGUGUGCAACCAUUUAAAAAAAACAUCCAGGCUGGCUUACUCAGCAGAUUAUAAAGAGUGAUUUACAAAAUGCGGCUUUCUUCCAGAUCAGCCCGUGCCGUUGUAUUUAUGUGACUGAAGGUCUCAGCUGAUCCGUUCUUUUCUUGUGCAGCCAAGAGGUUUGCAGCAGCACCACCAGCCACGGCCAGUACAAUACUUAAGAAGGUUCCUAAAAGGAUGGCGUCUCUUCUGGAGAUGAAAGAAAUCUUCCGCAAUGCUGAUGCAGUGUGCUUUGAUGUGGACAGUACAGUCAUCAGGGAAGAAGGCAUUGAUGAGCUUGCAAAGUUCUGCGGAGUUGGAGAUGCCGUCGCAGAGAUGACCCGCAGAGCUAUGGGUGGCACUGUGACAUUCAAAGCAGCUUUAACAGCACGACUAGGUCUCAUACGACCCUCCUACGAGCAAGUGCAAAAAUUAAUAUCUGACAAUCCACCUCAGCUAACGCCAGGAAUACGGGAGCUGGUGAACAGGCUUCAUCAACGAGGGGUACAGGUCUUCUUGGUCUCCGGGGGUUUUCAGAGCAUCGUGGAACAUGUGGCCUUGCAGCUGAACAUUCCAACAGCAAAUGUCUUUGCCAACAGGCUGAAGUUUUACUUUAAUGGAGAAUAUGCAGGAUUUGAUGAAACACAACCAACAGCUGAAUCAGGGGGGAAAGGAAAAGUUAUUACUCAUCUGAAAGAACAGUUCCAUUUCAAGAAAGUAGUUAUGAUUGGAGAUGGAGCUACAGACAUGGAAGCCUGUCCCCCUGCUGACUGCUUCAUUGGAUUUGGAGGAAAUGUAAUCAGAAAGCAAGUAAAGGAGAAAGCUAAAUGGUACAUUACUCACUUUGAUGAACUGCUAAAGGAACUGGAAGAACGAUAAAUUAUACAGUAAAAUAAUAUAUUUAACAACUAUAAGUCAAUUAUACAAUGCAAUUAAACAUAUAUUUGUUUGCAAAGUUGCGUUCUGGACUUUUUAAUGAUUCUGGGUGUUGGGUGACUUCCUUCUCUGAUCUGAAACUCAUGUUGCAAAUGGCGACAUGCUACUCAGAUAUUUUGUAGUGAAAUGGUAAGAUUUUUUUAAACAUCUUUUCCAAGGUGUAAGAGGUGCAAGAUGGUAAGUACUUUCCAUUCCAAAGAAUCUCGGAACUAGGUUAGACAGUGAACAGAUAGGUAGGAAAUAUUACUAAAUAUCUCUGAGUUCAUUAAAAUAUGGCUACAGGAGAACCUGAGGUGUCAUCUGUUACUCAACAUCAUUGUUACUCAACCUGUAGUCUAAGACAUGAGAUACAUGCAAAUGUAAGAUAUAUGCAAUAUUCAUCAGCAUCCUAGAAGCAUAUUUUAAGGCGAGUGAUAUAGUGCUUCACAUACCUCAUUAAAAUACAAGCAAACUCUAAAAUGUUGAUUUUUUCAGAUGGUCACAGUUUCCUUAAGUGUUCUAUUUAACAAUCCUUCCCUGCCAACCUAUAACUGUACGGAACCUGACUCGCCUAUCUUUACAAAACGUCUGCUGAUUAAGAAAACACUAGGAAACUUAUCUGGUCUUUUUCUCUGCCCCAAGUGUGGAUCAACCACCCUCAAACUGUUUGUGCCAGAAGUCUAACCUGUUCUAAACAAGUAUUUCUCUAGCUUCAGCUAAUGAAUCCUAGUUUCUUAAGGCUUUGUCCUUCAUUGCUGCAAUGUUUGAUCCAAGAGGGACUUUAUACAGAACUCACUUGAUAAAUUGUGCUUUUUUUUUGUGUCAGCAAAUCCCUGACAACUUUUGCAAGUAUGUCUUUUUAAGCAGCUCUGCUGACACUUGAUGGUACUUUUUUUUCCCGACUUAUAAGAAUCUCAUCUGAGAUAAUGUAAAAAGCUUUACUUAUGGCAAAAUGAAAGUCACAUCUUCCAUCCACAUAAUACCAUCACAGGAGAAAGAUGGGUUGAUAAGACAUGAUUUGUCCUGGAAAAAAAAAACCCUGUAUGCAGGCUCUUAUAUUCUGGGUGUCCCCGCAUUUAUUUAUUUUUUUUGAAACUGAAGAUUAGGCUGAGUGCCUUAAUUCUCAGGUUCUUCUCUUCCAUCCCACCAUACAUUUUAUAGAUAGGAAGAUAAACAAGUGAUGUGCCUACCUUCCAGAACCUCACACUGUCUCCGCAAGAUAAUCACUACUGGUUUAUGCAACUUGCAUGAAGUUUCCUUCAUUUAGUAAGAUUAAAUCAAGGUGAAGUGAUCUUGUCCAAUUGUUCAAGCAUCGCCAGCAGUUAAAACAAACACUGGUUGCCCAUUCUGCUACAUCAUCAGAAAAGAUACGUGGGAAAAGGGUAUUAAUAGAGUCAUGGAUAGUGAUGAAUGGCAACUCUCUGUGAUGCCAUCUCAUGUUUUCGGCAAAAAGCAGAGACAAUAAGUUACAGCAGUAUUUAAAUAUUAAAGAAGUAGAAUGAUUAAAAAAACCCAAACAAAUCUAGAAGCAAACUUGUAAUGGCUUCUUAGAGAAAAGCAAAGAUAUAAGCAGCUAUACUGAGUAUCUGUAGACAGAGCUUAAAAACCUUCACAAAAGACAAGACAGACAACGGUUGGCAGGAUGCUCACCAGAACACUUCUGGGAGUAUUAAACAUGAUCUCUUUUAAAUUCUUCCUGAGAAAAAUCCCAGCCAGCUCCAAGGGCAGCCCAUGUACAAUCACGCUUUUGUUUAGGCAGGAGUGCAUGGAUAGAGCAAGUGUAAACUCCUUCUGCUCUCAUUCAGUGUAUUCCUCUGCCAUUCUACAAUUAUGAAGCCAAAGAGAAGUGCUUCUAUUUGCUGCAGUCUUCUACUGAAUUAAAAGGCCACUAAAAAAAGCAACUAAAAUCCAGCUAAUCAGCUAUAGCUGCAGGCCCUGAUCCUACAAAUGUUAUGACAUGCUUCAAGUAUAUGUAAUUCCACUAAUGCCACAGUUAGAAGACAGUGCAUGAGGCUUUGUGCCACAGAGAUGUUAACAUUCACAACAGUAUCUUCUGCCAGUGUUGACUGCUAUGGAAACACGGCACUGCGCCAAUGAUUUCACAAGAGCUCUUUAGGUCAGACUGUUUUGAAAAAAAAAUCACACCCCCUCCACUGGGCAAACAGCAAGCCCUCCCUCCUGGUCCAAGAGGUACCCAAAGGAUUAGUUACUUUAGCGAGUAGCUGAGCUCUUUCAACUGUAAAAUAGUGGAAAAAAACAGAGGGGAAUAAAGCAGCAUGAGGAAACUUUCAAUAUUGCAACCAAGGUACUGGUUUACUUGAGCGUAUCCCAUCACAGCAGAGCCAAAUCUGCAGAGCAGUACAUGUUAUCAGAGAGAGAACCAAUUUGUUUUCACAUGUCUUCUAACUAAGAGCUACGGGGAAGCAUAUUGCUUCAUAUAGAGCUUUUUAUUUUAAUGUGAUUAUUCAGUGAGGCAGAGUUGCUUUAAGUUACAUUUUCAAUUUGCACAAGGGGAUUUUUUUAAAAGAACAAUUUAAACUCUUUCUAGAAAGACUACAGGACAACUAAAACUUGAGUUCAUGUCUUCAUUACGGUGCUUUGAACUGGAACACGAAUUGGCAAUUACCUGAGACCCUUCCAGGCAUUGUUCCCUGCUUCCCAACCACUGGAAAGCGAUUUCAGUUCUGAACUCGAUGAUUUCUACUCUAAGAAAUGCUAAUGUUUUGUUAGUCAAAGGAAGAAGGCAAACUCAGCCAUGAAAUUAAGAGGAAAAGACAACGAUGUUUACAACAGGAGAAAACCAACUUCAGAAAGGGCUCAAGCAAUGGUACGAAAAGAUACCCAUUACUUAUGGACUCUGUUAUGGUUUGUGAGCUUAUCUCACAGUUAUCUGUAACUAAAAUAACAUGAACUAGUCUCUCUCUGAUGAGAGAGCACAAGUUUGUAGCUCAGAAUGAUAGGAGGCACAUAAAAAAUACAUUACAACAAUACCAGGAAUUUAGAUCGUAGGUAGCCCAUAAAGACUGAAGAGAUUUGUGAUAUCUGGUGUCACCCUGCAGAACAUCCAGUUAUUCCUUAGAAUUUUAUUCAUCCAAAAUCUCAUGGGCCUUCAAAUACAAGAGUUUUGCCCAGCUAUAUUUAAUUCUUAGUGCUUCUGACUGAAGGCUAGAAACAUGGAUUGCAACGGAACCCACAAAAUCCUUUAACUCCAAGAAUGUUUUUCGCCUUUUGUCUGUGAUGAGAUGGUUGGUUAUGAGGGUUAACUUACCAGGAGAACUCUCUAGGAACAAGAAAUAUGGCAGGAUACUGGGAGAAAUAACAAGGACUGGAAGCUGAUAUUGUUAUCUUUUUUUUUUCCCUUUUGCACCUAAAGAGUAGUCUCAAAAGUCUGGAAAAGGACAGCCUGAAAUGAUAGUACUGACCACAUAACUGAUUUACAAGAAGGAACAGAUGAAAUGAUGUGCGUGGCCCAUUAACUGAGCCAAGCUGAGAACUUUAAGGUAAUACAGUACAAAAGUUUACUCGGUAAAAUCCCAUAGUCAGCUGACAACAUACACAGAAGGAAAAUAUGGAAACAGACAAGAAUCAAAUCAAAUGUUGACUUUGUUCAAGAUGAAGGUAAGAGUGCAGUGUAUUUUACAUGGGAGAAAAAGAAGAAAUCACACCUGAAAAAUAAGCGUAUUUUGCGGAGAAUAAUCAAAAGGAAAAAUAUUUUGGAUUUAUCACCAUAGCACUUAAAACACUUAACAAAAUGGGAUGUAAUGGAGAUACUGUAAAUUCAUUUUGGAGAGGGAGGG